AUGAAGCCUCUUGUCAAUACAGUUAUGUUUACUCACAGGAAGUAUAAGAUUGCAAAGGGAUACAUACUUCUUAAUUCAGUACAUGAUAGGGUUAAUUGGAGCAAGGAGGUUUGGGGGAGAUUGAAUACCCCAAAGCACAGUUUCAUGUUAUGGUUAGCUAUCCAAGACAGAUUGAAGACUAAAGCAAGAUUACAUAGUUUCAAUAUUCUUCCGGAAGCUAAGUGUCAGUUUUGCAAAGUGGCAGAUGAAACAAUUACUCACCUUUUCUUUGACUGCCCAUAUUCUAGUGACUGUCUUCAACAGGUUAAGAACUGGGUCUGCUGGAGCAUAACUGCGAGCCAACUACCUGGUAUUGUGAGGGUGAUUGGCAGAAUGAAGGCAACAAGGUUCAGGAAAAUGGUACUUUCAGUAAUUAUGGCUGCACUGGUGUACCAUUUAUGGAGGGUAAGAAAUGAAAGUAUUUGGUUAUCCUCCCUUGAUAAUCCAACAAGCAUUGUACAGAAGACUAAAGCAGCUAGUAAGAUUAGAAUCCAAAGUGUAUGGCCAAAAAAAGUAUCUGCUAAAGAUCUUGAAUGGUAUACUGUAUUAUAA